ACACACCGGACAAUGUAUUGUUAAGAGCUAGCAGAGCGCAGACUGCGAUCUCUACACACGACCGCAACCAUGGCAGGUCUCGCGCAGUACAGUCGAGCAUUGCUUUUGCGAAGUCAAGCCAAUCCCGCUUUUGUUCAGAGUGUCCGUACCGGGGUUUCUUAUAAAGCGAUGUUGACGAAGAAAGAGUACUACGAUGCAGACAAGUUGGAUGACGGCACAACAGUGCAAGCUAUUCUGAAUUCGAUGGCGGAUCGAGGGUUCUGUAGACCUCAACGGCCCUAUUCGCCCCCGGAGGAUCUCCAAGAGCGCCUGAAGAAAAUCAUCGAGAAGCACAUGCCGCAGGAGAAACGGGCCGAUCUAUGGGAGGCGAAACUUUCGCAACCCACCAAAGUACGCUUUCUGGCGGAAUGCGUGCGAGAGUUCGACCACGAUAUUCCAAACUACGAAAUCGCUAGUUUGAAGACGGCGCGUAACGUUCUCGAAUACUUCUCGAAGGAAGUCGAUGGCCUGAAUUCCUACGACAGGCUGGUAGCCCGGCAAGAUAAACCCGACAAUCUCCACGUCUUGGAAAAUUAUGUCCGGUUCCAUCCUGAUCGGGACACAAUGUUCAAUGGGGUAACCGCAUAUCCGGGCGCGGGCUGCAAAGUCACUGGACUGCGGACACGAAAGAAAUACGAUUCUUGGUCCAUGGAUAGAUCAUGGCCUUUCGAAGUUCAUACGAGCAAACGGAAAUAGUAGUCUCGGGUGUUUUGUGUACAUGGUUAGUGGAUGGUGAUGUUGCUUUCUCACUGAGUCGCUUGAAUAAACGCUCAAUAUCGAGUCCGUGGUAGGUUUUUCCGUUCGAGGCUUCCGUCUCAGGGUAGUCUGAAACAGUCUAAAAUGAACAUCAGCAUCGUACCGAUACAACGUAUACAUAUAUUUAUUAUACCAACAUCGGAUAAAUAUCAAUGAAUCGAUCAUCGAU